AUGUACAUCAUGAACGAAUCUGAGACAACGCAUGAGCUUACGGAAUUUCUGCAGCUUCUAAGCCUGGACGACCAGGCUAUAGACGAGAGCGAAGUUAACAACACCCCCGUAUUCACAGAAGCCGUGCGGCAAAGUGCGCUCGCGGGUGAGGCAAAGGACGGGUCUGGUCUGACUCAAUACGGGCUGCUCGGGGCCGACGUGCCCAAGCUUCGGGGAUACAAAGUUGUCGACGGCGCUCCGUCUCAGCAAGCCCCUUUCAUCUACUACAAUAUCAAGGCGCCCUCGAGCGUUUUCAUUUGCGGGAGCCAGGGGUCGGGGAAAAGCCACACGCUGAGCUGCCUCCUCGAAAACUUUCUGAUUCCGUCGCAGGCCAACAGGCUUCCGGAACCCUUGACCGGAAUUGUUUUCCAUUUUGACCCCUUCCUGUCCGAGGACAGAGGGAAUCCCUGCGAAGCCGCAUACUUGUCAUCUCACCCUCAGGUAAAGGUGAGGGUCUUGUGUCCUCCCACCAACGUAGGACCGAUCAAGAGGGCGUAUAAAGGGCUUCCAAAUGUUGACGUUCAGGAGCUCCGCUUGGGUCAAGGAUCUCUCACGACAAGGAGAAUGCUUGAUCUCAUGGCCGUCAGUCCCGGCCCUGACGGAAGUCUGCCUCUAUAUUGCCAAAUCGUGAUCCGCAUUCUCAGAGAUCUCCGGAUUAAACAGCAGUUAUCUGGCGGAGGCUUCAACUACGGCGAAUUCAAGCAAGAGCUUUCGCGGCAGAACCUUACUCCCGGGCAAAAAGGCCCCCUCGAGCAAAGACUCGACACGCUGGAAAGCUUCAUGGCCAAAGAGGAUGUGGAAGGGCGUUUGAGGACGGUCUGCGCAAACAAGACAGCGACUACUUGGAUGCCAAAGGCUGGUCAUCUCACCAUUGUUGACCUUUCCUGCCCCACUGUGACGGCAGAGUCGGCCUGCGCCAUGUUCAACAUAUGUCUCAGUCUUUUUCUCGAGCAAGACACGCUUGUUGGACGAGUCGUCGCUCUAGAUGAGGCCCACAAGUACAUGACGGACGGCGGAGAGAGCCAGGCGCUGACAGAGGCGCUUCUGUCGUCUAUCCGACUGCAGCGGCACCUGGGCACCCGCUUGCUAAUCGCAACCCAGGAGCCUACCAUCUCGCCAAAGCUCUUGGAUCUGUGCUCCGUCACCAUUGUGCACAGAUUUUCAUCUCCGGCCUGGCUGGAGACUUUGAAGAGGCACCUGGCCGCAGCCACUGCCGGGGUCAUUCUCGGAACAGGCGGAUAUCGAGAGCCAGUCGGUGCCUUGAUGGAUCGAAUUGUCGCCCUGCGCCAGGGUGAGGCCCUUCUGUUCUCUCCGAGCGCCAUUGUGGACAUUGGCAACGGCAUUAUGAAGCACGGGACGACGCAGAACGGCCAAAACGGCUGCACAAACGGGGCGGGCAGCGCGAAUGGCGAGCAUGAUGUCGGCACAGAUCAGAGGGUGGUUCACCUCGGACAAGGCAUCAUACAUAUUCGCGUCCGCAAGAGAAUCACGCAGGAUGGAGGCAAAAGCGUCAUGGCCGGAUGA